AGGACUGACAGACGCUGAAAAUUUGAGUUUUCAAUUGAAGCGUAAUCGACAAGUUGUGCACUAUCGCAAAGGCUCAUGAACAAGCUACACAGUGGUAUUUGCUGCUAGUGUAUUAGCCACUCAUAAUUUAUUCAGUAGUUUUUACCCGGGCGUGCGAACCAGACCGCGAAGUUACUUAAGUAAGUAGAAAGAUCGCCGUUUGUUUUGCCUUUUUCAAUUUGCGAACGACUGGAGAAGCAUAUAGUACGCAACGGAAUUGUUCACCGCGGCUGUUGUCUUCGAAAAAACUUGCGCAAGACCGAAGCCCAACGGUUCCGUCGAACUACCUGAACAGCAUCUUCGUUUAAAAAAUGGUGGUCGUUAGGAGUGCUACAACUUCCCUACUUGCACUGCAAGUAGGAACGACAAGCAUAAUCCCUCUGGUUGUCGUUGCUCACGCCCUUUCUGCUGGACGCACUCGCAGCACUUCUCCCAGUGGUCUUCUGCAGAAGAAGCCGAGAAGGGGCACGAACCUGCUGCAGAGAGGGCGGAACGGAGCCGAAACUGCGGGCGCGGAAGAUGUUGCCGUACUGGAAGUCGAAAAAGCGACAAUCGUUGGUGACGAGAUUCACCAUUUGCAAAGCGCGACUUCUCUGUCGUCCUUGACCACUGAGGAUAUUAAGGCGCUGGCGCAAGAAGAUGAAACUGGAAGAAAACCCGCCUCUUCAGAAGAUUGUGACGGGGCUAGGAGUUCAUUCUCUUCUGCUUCCGGAACAACCACAAGGAACGUUGUCACUUUGGACUUGCAGGAUGAGGCGGGGGAAAAGUUUCUGCAGAUGAAAGAUGCUGACAGGAUGUUGAAACAGGAUAAAAAAAGCCGAACCGCCGGGCAAUCAUCUUCUGCAUCUAUGGACGAAAGAACGACAACUCUGGAAACAUCUGCAGACGAAGAAGAUCUUCAGCAAGUAGAACCAAAUAAACAGGAGCGCACGGGCGAGACGAUUCGGUCAGUCCGGGUGACGCACAUUCCUGCCGGCAUGAAGAAACCGUACGAGAGCUCGAUUCCCAGUUUGUUUUUCCACCACUCGGCCUUUGUGCAGAUGGAGCGGAGUGAAGCCGAGCAGGACAUUGCAGUGGGGAAUGCGUGGGAAAAUGGGACGAGUGACGAUGUUCUCGCAGGAGCAUCGUUUUUCGAGCACAGCGCGACGAAAAGUAGGAAGACGAAACAUGCUCUGGCUGAACAGCAAGAGGAACGGAAAGAAGAGUCUCGAAAGGAGAAAACCGAGCAGAAACAGGUACAACCGCAGUUCCCACAGGGGCAAGCUGCUCAGCAAGGCGUAAACCAGUUUGGCGCUGGAGCUGCGCAGCAGUCGCAAAACAUCAACCAAUUUGGACAACAACAGCAGCAACUACUGCAGGCCUCUUCGACGAACGCAAACGCGAAUGCUAGGCUGCAAACGCAAACGACGAACGCAAACGCAAACGCAAACCCGUUCAGCGCCCCCGCGUUGCAACCACCGCAGUCGGGCGUCCGGUUGACUCCGCCCGAGGGGCGGGUGAACGCCUGCAUGGACGAGGUUCCCUGGGUCGACACGCGCCUGAGCCAGCAGGAGCAGCUGCACCACGCUUUCCACGUGACGUUUUUCGCUCAAGCGGGGCACUGCGGCCACGGCGAGGAAAUUCGGAGUCAGGCGUGUUGCCGCCAGGCUGGGGAGCAUCUCUUCGGGGAAGCGGUCGCCAACAACAUUGUCGCGAACAACUUCAUGAUCCACCAGGGCCCGAACCUGCGCGGGUGUUGGUACCAGCAGGGCCCGGACGCGGGAAAACAGCUGUUCUGGAAAACCGUGGGCGACCCCCGGGACUUGAGACACAACCACGGACCUUAUUUGAGGGUAUUAAGCAUGAAGUAGAUGCUGAUUUGAAAAUUUUGAUUUGAACAGAAACUGCGGACGCGUUACUUAAGUAAGUUCUUUGAAAACAGGUAGCGCUAUCAUCAAUAAUGCUAGUUGUACUUCUCCCCGAAAAUAAAGAAUUUCCACUUUCGUCCUGCUCUCUUUUGAUAUCCAACCCGCUCUACUAGUACCUACGUCUGGAUCUGUAAGAUGAACUAAAAACUACCCUUCCAGGUGUGCAAAGUUUUCCACGCGCCGCUGCACCACCCGCCGAUUUUCUACCCGCUUAUGUUUCUGCUCGUGGCCCUGGUCGUGUCGGUUUGUGUGUCCUACACGGGGAAGCUGAUCAACGGGUUUUUGCCGCCCUCGCUUCUCCUGGUGCUUUUCGGCUUUGCGACCAACUUCCUGGGCUACCUCUCUGGCCCCGAGUCCGAGAUUGGUUACCUGGUCGAGCAGGCCAGUCACUGCGACCCGCACGUGAUCUUUUGGCUGUUGUUGCCCAUGCUGCUGUACGAGGACGGAAGCGGCUCCGAUUGGCGCGUCCUCCGGCCGAUCUUCGUCAACGCAGUGAUUCUCGCCGUUCCGGGCGUGGCGAUCUCCUUCCUGAUCAUGGGCUGCUUGAUUCGGACGACCUUUCCCCUGCCCCCGAUCGAGGAACUGCACCCGGAGCACGUGUAUCAAAUGUAAAAAUGUCUGGGUCUGGAAGAGUCCGAACUUGUGAUGCUGCAUUUGGAUUCCAAAAAGAUCUGUAUUGCAUGACCAGCAAAGGGAGUGCACUUUUGGCUACGCGCAGAGGGCAUUUGUCAUGCGGAAUAGGCAUCAUGAAGCCCUCAAAAAGUCUGUGAUGCUACGGCAUGCAUUACAGACAUCGUGGUGGCCCAUGAAAAACGUGCAUGGCAAGUCUCAGAAUCUUCCAGACCCAGACACGUUUGCAUUUGAUAACGUGUGGAUCUGCUUCUGGAACCAAGCCACCGGGCAAAUGACGACGCAGGAGCGGAGCUUCAGCCCCGAAGACCCGCGGCGGUUCGCGCUGCGGCCGGUGAUCCAACCGAACGGGAGCACGCAGAUGCAGAUGGUGCGGCGGAGUCCGCAGGAGUGGCAGACCCUGUACGUGAACAGGCCCUGUCAGGUGCCGCCGAACCCGAACGGCGGCGCCGUGGUGAUCCCCGACCCCACCAGUCGGGUGGACGGGGCCUGGCCCUGGAUGAUCUCCUUUCUACUCGGUGCCAUCCUGUCCGCGACCGACCCCGUGGCCGUGAUUGCCGCGCUGAAGCAGCUCGGCGCGCCGGCCAGGCUGAGUUUGCUCGUCGCGGGGGAGGCGUUGCUGAACGACGCGACCGGGGUUGUGUUCUUCAACCUGUUCUGGGAACUCGCCUCCACCGAGGCGGACUUCGACCCGGCGUACGCACUCUGGGUGUUCUUCCGGCUCGCGUGCCUCGGUCCGGUGGUCGCGUGCCUCGGGAUGGGCGUGAUGCACGGUGUGUUGAAGGUCACCAACCACAUCGAGGUGAAAAACUUCCUCUUCAUGACCGUGUUUGUGGUGUUUUUCCUGUUCUUCUUCUCCGAGCAAACGAUCAUCGGGGUCCCGCUCUUACCCGUGUCCGCGGUGCUGGCCGUGGUGGUUUUCUCGUUCUACGUGGCGGCCAUCGGGCAGAACAUGAUCUUGUUGAACGGGGGGGAGCACUUGUCCCACGCGCACCACGAGGUGAUCGGCUUCAUCGCGGGGGUGUGCAACGACACCAUUUUCUACGUCGCGGGCGUGGUGAUGGCGAGAUACUUGUUCUUUUCCUCCAUGCUCAGCUCCGACUGGAUGUUCCUGGGCAUUUGCUACCUCUACUGCCACCUCGCCCGGGGCAUCGCGAUGUUCUCGCUGAUGCCGGUGAUGAACUUCUUCGGGUUUGGCGUUUCCUGGAAGGAGGGCAUCAUCGGGGUGUUCGGGGGCCUGCGCGGGGCGGUCGGGCUCGCGAUGGCGCUGCAGGUGGCCAUGGACCACGGGAACAGCCCGUUGGACCUGGGGUUCCGACUCCGCAUCGGGUUCCACGUGUCGGGCAUCGCGUUGCUCACCCUGUCGAUCAACGGCGUGGUGUUCGGGAAGGUCUACAAUGCGUUGAAGCUGUACCCGCCGGCCAUCCAGCCGAGUCAAACGAAAAUGCUGAAGUGCGCGACGCUGGCGGAGGGGAUCAUCUUCGAGCGGCUGCAGGAAAUGAAGUCCCACUGGCUCUUCUGCAACAUCUCCGCGGAGGCGAUCCUCGGGCUGGUGCCCUACGCAUUGCAAAAGUAUCGUACUCGUGUAAAUGCAUCACAAAUUUCCUCAGCAUGAGAAAAAAAAUUUGUAAUGCGGAUUUAGCUUAAGAACAAGACUUGUAAUGCAUGAUUGCAAUACAACGAGUGCGAUACUUUUGCACAGGAUAUGCACCGGAUCUCGGACAUGCUGGCAGACGCGGCGGGCCAGGAGUACGGAGGAGGACACGGCGGCAAUAAUCCAUCUACGAGGAACCACGAGUUGCAGGACGACCUCCUGAACGCGGUGCAGGGGGGGCGCCCGGCGCAGAAGCAGUACAGCCACACGAUGAUGGAGGCUAUGCACCACCUGCACCACGAGUUCCACGGCAGCGCGUACUACGAGAAACAGUUUGUGCAACUGUCGAAGGGGUGGAAGGCGGAAGACUUCCGGUGGGAACAGUGCUACGGCCUCACCUCGUUCAUCAUUCCCUCGGCCUCCGAGUCCUUCGCGCAGCGGAGUGAGGACGGCGCCGCCUGGCUGCAGGCGGGGUUCGGCCAGGACUACUCGAUCAUCAUCGACAUCUUUUUCGGCGCGGUCACGGGCUCGCUGCAACGGUUGAAGCGGGAGCGGUGCAGCAUGGCGGUGUGGCCCGCGGACGAGAUCAGCGAGGCUUUGGAAUUUACGCACGAAGCCAUGCAGGGCGUGCUGCGGUCGGACAACAGUCUGGACGGCACGGUUUCGCCCGUCAUGAAGAUGUUUUUCAAGGAGAUGCCCAUGCAGAUCUGGACCGAGUCGCCGGAGAUCCAGGAGAAGUGGGCGUUGGAAGUGGGGUUUUGCAAGCUCUUCCACCGGCUGUUCGGCACCGAGGUUCCGAUGGACGCCAACACGGGGUCCGUCGAGGGCGGCGACUUUGCGCAGUUCGAGCACAUAUCAAAUGCAAAAGUGUCUGGGUCUGGAAGAAUGCGCGAUUUGUCAUGCAGCUUUUCCAUGACCCAUGAGGUCUGGAAUGCAGCACCUAGCAUGACAGACUCUGCGCGAUCUCUCUCAUGCCUAUCCUGCAUGAGAAACUUCCUCCCAACUUGGACAAAACUGGGCGACUUUUGGCAAUCAUGCAACACAGAUUUGCAAAACGCGGUGCAUCAGAUUUGCAUGACAAGAUUUGCAUGCUUCAGAUUUAGCAUGACAAGUUGCAUCCUUCCAGACCCAGACAUUUUUACAUUUGAUAGCACAAGGGGCGAACCCUCCUGUUCUGGUGUCUGCUGAUGGAAUAUGACAGUGCACAACUCCCCCUCUCCCUCAUUUGUCAUGCAAAAUACCCAAUCUACCCUUUGCCUCUUGGCACUGUUUGCAUGACAAGUUCUGGUAGCCCAAAUAGCACUACAAUCUAGUGUAAGUUUGUCAUGCAAAACCGGCAUUCUUGCUGAUGCUUGUAUUGCCGUUUAUGCUAUACAAAUGAGGGGGAGCGGGAGUUGUGCACUGUCAUAUGGAAAAUACAAGGGCCUCCUUGCAACCUAUCGUCGCGGUCGGGAUUGGGGAAAACUCGUCCUCAAGCUCGAGCAAGUUCGCUUCGGCGCAACGCAGCAGCGGGCGUGCGCGGGAAAACAGCCGCAACUCCGCGCAGAGGGCGAGCAACCGGCCGUCGGAUCAGAAAGGGCCGGCAAACAAAGGUCCCAUGGGAGAGGGCGAAGGGCGCGGCGGAUCUGGUGCAUCUGGGAGCAUCGAAGCUGGAACCAGCAGCAGCUCGGGUGACGAAAGUACUACACAAGAACAUCUUCAAAACCGAGCUUUUCGGACUGGCCAGACGCGGGAGGAUUUGAUUGCUGAGUAUCACGCAGCGAUGCAAGAGGAUGAGGAGGAUGUUGAGGAGAGCGCGGCAGAUAGUUAUGACAAUUUCUACGAGGACGAAGCUCUUCACCAGCAUGCUGAUCCGGCACUGCUCGACGAUAGCGGAACAAGCAGAAGUAGCGGCACAAGCUCAACGUCGUCGGCGAGUAGCAACAAUUCUACCGCGCGAUCAUCUUCGAGCAGCUUGGAAGAAGAGAACCUUGGAACAGCUACAGCGAAGAAUGCGUCCAGAACCAAUAAUUUCAAAAGCCGCAGCAGAAAUUAUCGGGAGACUAUUCCCGCCUUCUUCUCCAUCUUCUCCUCGUCAUCUCAGUCCUCUUCGGGGUCGGAGAACGAGCGCAGUGAAGAUUUAAAUACCAAUACGCAACGAAGUAGAUCUUCCCCUGCACAAGCACAACUAGCAUCUUCGAGAAACCAAAAUCACGUGAGGAAGAGCGCGCCAUUCCAUUUGUUCAAACAGGGUGCAGCUGCAGAGGGUGCUAGUACAACCACGGAUGUUGUUGAAACAAGAACCCGGCUGCAAAAGAACCUCGUCCACAAUUCUACUUACUCUCGUCCCUCCACCGCUUCGGACGGCGACCUCGAGGAGUUCCUCCAGCAGGACGUCGAGAAAGCGCGUCGUGGGCUCUUUUUCGACGGCGCGCACGAGAUGCCGUCGACCCAGAACGACCAGCGGUCGGGCAACACGAGUGGGCGGGCGAGCCAGCAGGCCGUCCCGCAGGCGGCGUUGGCGCAGUUGGACGUGAGUUUGCGGCGGAUUCUGUACGCGACGUAUCAAAUGUAAAAAUGUCUGGGUCUGGAAGAAUGCAACUUGUCAUGCGAAAUCUGAAGCAUGCAAAAAUCUGUAUUGCAUGAUUACCAAAAGUCGUCCAGUUUUGACCAAGUCGGAAGGAAGUUUCUCAUGCAGGAUCGGCAUGAGAGAGAUCGCGCAGAAUCUGUCAUGCUAGGUCCUGCAUUCCAGACCUCAUGGGUUAUGGAAAAUCUGCAUGACAAAUCGCGCAUUCUUCCAGACCCAGACAUUUUUACACUUGAUACGACGCGGGUGUUACUCAUCAAGGCGGUGUUUGAGAAGUACCCGCGCGUCGGCCGGGUCUGGCUGCACGCCAUCGUCACCGAAGCGCUCACGCAGGACCUGUACAAACAGCUGGAGCUGUCCGCGACCUCGGGGCUGCUCACGGAGAAGGAGCUGGGGCUCUUCCACGACAACGUGUUCCACGCGGUCACCCACGCGAUCCAAAACUACCGGCAGAUGCGCGGGCUGGACACCUUCGCGGCCAUCGACAGCAAAGACGCGCCCCCCGGCUACCGGGGCCCGCCGAUCGGGCCGAUCCACUUCGAUUUGGGCGGGGAAAAGAACCGCCGCCAAGAAGCCCGGGACGUGCGGAAGAGGCUGCGGGGCCCGGGGAAGAACAGGAGAGAGCAGUUCACCGGCAACGGACAGAACACCGGGCAGAACAACAACGCCAGGGGGGCAAGUAAGUAAAAAUACUGGAGUUGAUGGCACUUCUAAGACUGCUCCUGCGAGGGACUGAUUUUGAAUGCAGGGCAUUCAUCUUGAGGCGGAUCUCUGUCAUCCUUUUGUGUUUUUCGAGAAAAUUGUCUUUUGUGUCCUCUUAUGAUUUUUUUUUUGCAUUUUGCUUUUACUUUUUCAUCUACGCCACGUGCGUCUUUUGUCAAAUUUUGUUUUCACACACAUUUUACACAAACAUUCAUUCACAUCAUGCGCCAAAGCGAGCGAGCAUUCGACUUCAAAAUUUUCAAUUUAGUCCUUUAUACACACACACAACACAACACAACCCAAGUCCGAAAAAACCUAGCCUCAUAACAGCCGCGCCCUUAUGGUAUAGAUCAACUGUUCGCCAUAGAGGAUCGGCGUUCAGCUGCUCUCGGGCUGGGGGAGGGAGUAGCACGCAGCAG